GUUUGAUUUUCCUUUUUAGAUUCAUUCAUACGAUUCGGAGAAACAACCCAAAUUCUGCACUUCGCAUCUCCUUACACCCCAUGUGACAUAUCUAUCGCAUACCACCACUUCCUUUCCCUUGAACAAACAUAAUCAUGAAUUACAACUUUAACGAUUAUUUCAAACUUGUUGAUGGUGUUGCGUCGUUGAACAAUAACACAGCAGAAUACCUGGCUCACUUGUGGAUUUCAUCAUAUGAGGCGGAUCAGCAAAACAGGUACAGCAAACCAAUGCCGUGGAUUGGGAUGUAUAUCGCAUUAGCAUCUUUGUUUUGCAUCUUUGCAAUGGUGGCUGAUUUAUUACAUGGUUUCGGGAAGAAAAAGCUCUGGUUUCCGUGUUGUAUGGACCAGGUUACAAAGCUGGGAAGCUUGGGCUUUAUGUGCACCAUGAUGGCUAAUUUAUUGCCUUCUCUAGCAACCAUGAACAGCAAAGAACUUGUCUCAAACAUCAUAGCUUUGGCUGUUCUGGUUAUUACCUUGGUUGUGAAUAUUUGCAUUCAACUAAACACUGGAGUUCUCUUCUAUCAUGUAGUAGAUGAUGGUGCGGGGUAUAACCUUCAUGGUUAUGUAAAAAGUUUACCAUCUUACGUACCUGAAAGACACAACAGAUUUACAGCAGCCAUUUAUGUGGGUAUGUUACUCAUGUUGCUCAUAAUAUACGUAUGUUCAUCUUUAGCAAUUCUGAUGUCCAAACAGAUUCUAGAAUCAAAAUUCCAAGCUACACAUCAAAAGGUUUUAAAGGAUGAAGAGUUGAAACAACCAGGAAUAUCAACUAUUGAGAAGCUAAAGCGGCAUGUGAGCUAUUACUGGAUCAUGGCAGGAACAGGAAGCCCCCAAUUCAUGACAACUUGCUCUGCUACAACCUCUGCUUCAGCGGUAAUAUGUGCUUCAAGCGUUGUCUUACACAUUCUUCUUCUACUUUUUUAUGUUGACGAUCUUCGGGACUAUAAGUCGGAUUAUAUGUGGUCAAUGCCAGUAAUUCUCAUUAUCCAAUUUUUCGGAAUCGUAGUGGGUACAAUUGCCCCACUUUCUAGAUGUUUUUCAGCCUUAAGCUUUAAGGUGUCGAUAAAAUGGAUUUGGAAUCAUCUUAACGUGUGUAACGUAGAGAGCUAUUGGACUCGGAACUUGUAUGAUUGGAAACAGAGUAGCAUAUCAUUCCCAUCCAGUAGCCGCAAAUGCAAAAUUUUCAUGGAGAACCUCAAAACCCUAAUUCUCAAUAUUUGUAUAGGGUUUCAGAUGACAGUCGUGGUAGCAUGCAAGAUCAUAGCAGUGGUUCCAUUUUUCGUUGUGAUAUGUGCUGUGUAUUGUAUCCGUUAUUGUAAAUGGUUAGAAACCCUGUUUAGCACCUCAUGUCUUGUUCUGAGAAAAAAGCCUAAGGAGCAUCUAAGAAUAGAUAAAGAUCUUAGCGGGUAUGUUUUGCAACUCCAAGACGACAUUGAGUUUGCUAAGAGAACAUUGAAAGGCAUGUUAAAAUCUGUGAACCACUUAAUCCGAAAAGCAGAAAAACAACAACCCAACAAUCUUAUGAAGCUAUUGGCACGAUCUGGAGGAUUUGAAGGAGUUGGAAAGUUUGAUAGCCAUCAUGUUCCACUUUUACAUUCAGAAGAAUAUAUCAAUUGUUGGAGCUUGCCAUUGAUAACUCUAACAACCAUUGCCAUGUCUCUUCCUAACAUGGAAAAGAACAUAGUUGAUAGCUUGCUGAGUGGUGUGAGUGAAGGUCUUGUAUAUGUCACACUUGUGGAAGAAAGUCUCAAUGCUACUGAUGAUCAUGUAAUCAUUCAAAAGGCAGCUAAAACUUUGUGGCUUGAAGUUGAAGUCUACCACAAGUGGUUAGGAAACAAGCUGCCAAAACCUAAGCCUAAAGUGAAUAUACCAAGGCAGAUUCUUCAAUGGUUGAGAGAUACAGCUAAAAGCAUGGUCAUUGAGGUGGAAAGUACAGAUAUUCGAGGCCGAAACCAUAAUUCCAAAGUCAGUUCUAUUUGUGCCAAUUCAAUGUUUCGUAUCACCGAAACCAUCCUACUCUCCUACCACGAGAACAUUGACCAAGUUAGCCAAGAGGAACUAUUUGAAGUGUUAUCAUCAAUGAUUGCUGAUAUAUUGGCAGCAUGUCUCACCAACUUACCCCAAGUCAUAUUAAUGAAAUGCCACACAAGUGCCAUAGAAAAAAGGGAGAUGAAUGUGCAUGCUGCAGCCCAACUUCUCGGUCAGACUACACAGAUAAUCAACUCCCUCCAAGAUCGUGAACUUCCAAGCUUGAAUCCAGAUGAGUUGCCAUUUAUUGACAAGUGGUGUUCUUACUUAAACCAUCCCUUUCCUUAAUAAACACUACUGUACUUCAAAUAACCAAGUUUGUUUGAUAAAGAUUUGUUGUAAUUUCUUUUCAAUUCGUGAAAGUUAAUGUAAUUUCCUUUUAUGCUUGUUUUAAGACUUGAAUAUGAACAGAAACUAGUAGCCAAA